AUGGUCUGUAAUAUCUUAUAAAGUUGCAUUCCUUAUACCUAUUUCCAACCUUUUUCUUUCUUAAAUUAUGACUUUUAUUUAUAUUAGUUUAAAUAUUUCAAAAAUUGUUUUGUGCAUAAAUGUAGAGUAGUUUAUUUGGUGUUAUUUCUUAUUACUUUAAGUUUGCAAUGUUUUAGAAGUUCCAAGAAGGUUGUAUUAAACGCAAAGCAAAUGAAGGUCGGCUUCGUUGGCUGGAAUCGGAUUCGAAUGAUUCUGACGAGGACACCAAUUCCAAGAACGACGUACUAUCUGAAUCCAAAGAGAAAGAAGACGCUUCAGAAGGACCAAGUGCUUCCAUUGAACCGCUUAAGUUCUCAUUACCUACUGGAUUGCAGCCAGAUGAACCCAAUGUGGAAGCAUCGUCACCUUCCAGCCAGAAGUCGAAGAAAAAGAAGAAGAAGGUAAGCUUUGCAGGUUUGGAGGUAUGCCUGUCUUUGCUUCGAAAUCUAUAGUUUCUAGUUUUACAAACAUUCUUUUAGUCCAAGAAACAGAAGCGCGGCAAGUCUCGGUCUAAAUCAUCAUCACCUCCUACCCAAUCCUCAGCGACCUCAACUUCACUUUUACAAUCCGGUCGGUUUAGGUUGAUAUAGUUUUGGCUAGAGUUGUUCUUUUAAAAACAAUCUUAAAGGGAGCAUUUUACUUAAGAUGUUGUUGUAGGUUCUCAAAUCUCAUUUGUUGGUGCAUUUUUGCCAUUGAACUCAAACGACAUCAGUUAUGUAGCUAUUAACAACGUUCAAAAAUUCACUUUUACUUUUGACGGUAGGUUAGUGUUUUGAAUCUGAUGUUGUUGUAUUAUUACACGGUCAAACGCGUUAAUUUACCUAAUUUGACUGUAUAAUAAUUUUUUAGUUGUUGUAUACUAUUUUAAACUUGUUUCAUAAAAAUACUUUCACAAUUUCGGUAUUUUUUAUUCUAAAAAAUCAAUCGCGGCGCAACGAAAUGCCAAAAAAUAAAAUUUAUUUUUUAUUGGGGCAGGGUGGCGCGCAGCGAUAUGCCGGAAGCAAUCACUGUUUUGAUUUGAGGUCAAUUUCGAGAUCGUGGCCAAGGUUCUGCGACUUUUUUCGGGGUUCAACUUCAUGUUGUUCAUGAAUUUUUUCAAGAUAAGGGUCUUUUUACGUAAAAAUAAGCUUCUUUUGGGAUUUUACAUAAUUUCAGUCAUUUUUUGUACUUUUAGCGUUCUUUUUAUUGUAAUUUGUAUCGGAAAUUCUUUUUCGUGUUUGAAUUUAGUUAUAACUGAACUGUUUCAGGAGUAACAAGAUGGCCAAGAAUGUGAAACUGGCAGAGCAACCAGCUGCAAUCCAGAAUCAAGGAAUUGGACAGGAGGAGUUUGAACAAAUGGACUGUAUGUUCGAUAAGCAGCACAAAUACGAACAGGUUUACGAAAAGCUGAUGAAGUUAGGUCUGUUUUUAAAACUUUUUUAUUGGUUUUUAGGUUUUCUCGAGGAAAAUUUUUAUUAUUUUUGGCAUCCAAACGAAAACGUUUUAUUAUCGUUUAGAAAGUUUAGAACUUUGAACUUUUUAAAGUGUAAAUUCUAAAAUUUAUGUAUUUUGUUACCUAAAUUUUAUUGUUUUUAGAUGUAUAG